GACAAGGGGCGGUGACUUGACCCCACUUCGGUCCGAGUCGAGUGAGUACUUACCUAAAACCCAAACUAAAACAAACGUCCAUUGAGAAUCCAAGCAGAGAAUCCGAGCCUCGAUUAGCCAAGGUUUUGACUUUAAAUUAUUGGCUCACUUCCUUCCUUGGGCUCGAUCGCCACCUGGCUCGAUGGUAAGGCAAUACGCAUCGUUUUGGGCCGAGAGACAGUGGUGGAGGUUAAGCACCUACGCCCCAUGAGCGCACCCUUUGUUCUCUCCCUUUGCCUCAGCUAUCCAAGGACAAAAAAUAGUUUAAAAAAAAAACAAAACGGAAAAAGGCCGGAGCUUCCGAAAAACAUCGGCAUACGAAUUAAAUCAAAAUAUACCAAGCAAAACCAAAAAAAAAUUACAUAAUAAUAAGUCUUGGAGCUUUCAUGGUUUGCGAAAACCCACCACAGCACAAACAAGAAGCAUAGAGAAGACUGAGAAAAGAGAGAUCAAUAUAGGAAGUGAGGGAGAGGGAGGCAAAAGAAAGGAAGGAAGAGAAAAUCGGGUGGGCGACGCCAUUAUGAUUCCUUCACUUCUUCGAUCUCCUUAAAUUCUCCCAUUGUCUCUUGUGUUCCUGGUGGAAUCAAUCUCUCAGAAGAAGCAAACCCCUUCUCCCCCCCGAAAGGCAGGCAAAUAGGAAAAUCCCCCCAUUCUUCCUCGUCCCUCGCUUCAUGAUUUGAAUCUGUCCACCACUUUCGAUCCUUUGUUACUUACGGGGAUGAUAUGAAUUGGGUUCAUUCAGUCGUGCAAUACUUUAAGAGGGAUGUAGCUUAUUGCUGCCCCCGCGACUCGCAACUUUGUUCGUGUGGUAAGUACACGAAUUUAUAAGUAGUAACAUCUGCUUGGCUUGCUUGCUCACUGAUUUGUGGAGUUUCAUCGCGAAGCUAGCUUAGCUUCUUUUGUUGCACGAAAUAUGCAGAGAGGGCCAGUUCGUGACUUGUUUCUGACAAUAUAUCCCAACAGUGAAAAUAUAUAUCAUAAUGUGACGAAAUGGAUCACGACGCGGGCGAUGAUGAACACUGCCUUCAUGAAUCAUAUAUGUUGGCCAACAUUUUUGCUUUCUUCGUGCUGUUUGUAAUGCGUUGCUGUGACGAGAAUUGGGUAUGGCCACAGUGCUGGGCCAGUUUAGGAAUGUCAGAGUUAGUAGUGGAAGGCAUGUUUGUGAAUGGCUCAUGAUUCUUUUCGUUCUUAAAUCUCUACGCAGUUUGGAGAAGGUGCAUUUACAGAAAGAUAGAGUUUGAAGAUUUGGACACUUGUCGAGUUUGAAACAUUGACUUAGGUCCCCUACCACUUCAUCAACUCAGGUUUCUCUCUCUCUCCAUUUUUUUUCCUCUUCACAAUAACAUGUAGCAAAAAAGGAACAAACGAGUUUCAAAUUCAUUCAGCUUGUUUAAUUUCUGAAUUCCCAGUUGUCAUGACCCUUCUAUUGUCAACCUUGCAGGUCAGACCGUUGUCUCCAAUAUCUCAGGGCCAAGAUUUUUCCUUACAAACGAAAAAAGGGUCGAAGCUGAAGCUGAUCCUCAAGCACCUGAAAGCAUGCCUUCUCUCCCAAAAGUCGUGCCACCACCUUUAGUGCCAAAACCUCCAUCACCGCCAACUCCAGAACCUGUGGCUACUGUGUAUGUACCUGCUAGGAGGAAAGAAAGGUCUCUGCCCUCGUUUGUGACCAACACCCCUAAAGUACCGGACCAAUAUGUUCCACCAGCGAAAAAGAAUAAAUAUAGCACGAAAAAGGUUCCCGCUGUGCGAGAAUCUGUCACAUCUGACUAUGAAGAAGGACCUAUCAAGAAUGAUGCAGAUGGUGACAUAUUGAGCUCACCCGAGACUAUUAUCAAGAUUGCACAAAGCAGGACACAUAAUGGUCUUCCUUCUGGGUCGUCCAAACGGCUCGUGCUGGAUAAAAAACUCAAGCAAGGAAAUGAAGAAAGUGAAGAGAAAUCCGAUCUAUUGAAACCACUGAAUCACCUGGUUGAAGAAUUAGCUGCUGCAAAUAAAGUUAAGUCGAACAAGUCCAACCCACGUGGGGAAGUUUUGGUUCCAGUGGCAGUGGCAUUGCUUUCAGAUACUAGUAAAGCGAAUGAUGUCGAGUUGCCUAACCAAGAAGAAGGGAAACCUCAAGUUUGCGAGAAUCAAGUUGACUCUGCUGCAUCAACAUCAAGUUCAGCCAGACCCACAAAGUUGCCUACCGUGCGCCCAAAGAAAGCUGCAACAUCGGAAGCCCUUAACGUUUCAGCACAAGAUACUGUGGAUGCAAAUAGUAGACAGGAGCAAAGAUUGGUCCCUAUCUGGUUUUCUUUGAUUGCUGCAAAUACCCAAUUGAGAUAUUUAGUUCUGUUUGUUACACAGUAUUAAUAUAUUCUCUUAGAAACAACUUUUUCACCUUUUCUCUACAUCGAUUCAGGGGAGGAGGAGCGCCCUUGCCGCAGAUAUCUUCACCAUAUUUAAGGGUGAUAAUGAUGUAAUUGCACAUAUUUGCACCCCUAGUUCUUAUCCAUUUGUGGGGCGUAGUUGUGUAUUUUUGGCCUAUUUUACGCCGGGUUGUGCUAGUACUUUGUCAUAUUUCAGGUCCCAGACAUCAAAGGAAAGGCUAAGCAUGAGUUUCGGGGCAUUUGGAAGUCAUUCGGUCGAGCUGGAGCCAAAGCACGGGCUCGCCUAAAUCAAAGCACGACCGUGUU